AUGCUGGCAAAGAUCGAGCCCCAGGCUGUGCCAAAGAAGCAGGCCUGUGGAGCCUCAGCAUCAGCUGAAGCAGAAGCUACUUCUGGAACUCAGAUCACAGUCCAAAGAGGGGUUCUAGUGGUGGGGGGUGAGAUUUUAGGGGUCUUUGCUGGUGCUGAGGCAGAACUCUGUUGUGUUGUCUGUGCCAGGAACCAGGAAGCAGUCUUGAAUGACAAUCAGGGACAACUGUUGGAGCUUGAAGUGGCCAUUCACCAGCUCCAGAUCACUCUCACCAGCCACAAUGUGAAGUCACUCCAGAAGCUGUAUGCUGCUAGAGGAGCCAAAGAAAAGAACUUUAAAGUGAAGGGACCUGUGCGAAUGCCCACUAAGACACUUCAAAUUGCAACUAGAAAAAUGCCGUGUGGUGAAGGUUCUAAGACUUGGGAUUGGUUCCAGAUGAAAAUCCACAAACAUCUUAUUGAUUUGUACAGUCCUUAUGAAAUUGUGAAGCAGAUCACUUCUAUCAGCAUUGAACCAGGUGUAGAAGUUGAAGUCACCAUUGCAGAUGCCUAA